CGACAUCAUCUCACAAAGCCUGUGUCAAAACACGGGUUAAUACAUGAGCGUUCUCGUGCUGCGUCGCAGCGACGGAGGUCAGGCCUGCGUAGCUCAUUGGCCUUCAGGUCAAACCGACAUUCAAUGGCGCCAUCAUGAAGUCGUUUCUGCCCAAUUUCAAACAAGCUGCUAACAGCGCCAGCAUCACCUGCUUCGCUCCGGCAUCCCGACCUUUUCUCGCGCCGAGAUACUUCCACCAAAGCACGGCGGCCUGCCUGCCACGCCGGCGGCACUUCUUCACCUCUAAUGUGCUCCUAUCACAAGAUGGCCGCGAGCCAUCUACCACUACUGCCUCUGCCUCGGACACCCAGGCUGCUGCUGCGGGCGACAAGAGGACGAGUAGCGGCACCGGCACGGCGGCCGCCCAAAAGAAACGCAAACCGCUCAAGAACUCGCUGCAUCGCGUAGCCAUCGUCGCGCAAAAGGGCGUGCCGGGGAAACCGCCGUCACCCUCCGCCGAGACGCCGCCCGCGGGGCCCGGCGGCAGCUCCAUCAUCAGCGCCGUGUGCGUGGCCGAGUCGUUCGAAAUGCACAAGGUGGUGGACAUUUUGACGAGCCACGGCUUCGCGCUCGACCCGGACAACACGGGCUUCGAGCUGCACGAAGUCGUGCACGCGCGGGCCCUCAACGAGGGCGACAUAUUCGUCUUCCCCUCGGGCACCGUCGUGACGUGGGCGCUCCCUCCCGACGUGGUCCACACGCUGGCGACCAAGCACCUGCUGCCCGCCGCCGAGUCGCCGUUUGUCGAGAACAUGGAGGUGGAGGACCUGGAUUUCCUCGUCAACCCGGAGGAGGAGCAGAGCCGCGUCAGCGGGGACGUGGUGGUGCUGGGGACGCGGCGCGAGGUGGAGGCCGGGGACCGGCUCGACACAACGCUGGCCAAGAUCGCCUUCUCGUCCGGGCUGGCGCGCAGCACAAAGCUGGCCGUGCUGGAGUCCUCGCUGACGCGCUACCUCGAGAGCACGCGGCACAUACCCGACCGGCUGUCGCAGGGGCUCCAGGCGCCCCUGUCGCGCCAGCUGAUCCUGCAAAAGGCGGGCGAGCUGCUCAACCUGCGCAGCCAGCUGAACCACUACAAUGACCUUACCGACGCGCUCCCGGACAUCUUUUGGGACAGCGAAGAGAAGCUCGAGACGUACUACGCCAAGAUCGGCAAGGCGCUGGACGUGGGCGUGCGCAUCAAGACGCUCAACGACAAGAUGACGUACGCGCAAGAGGUUGUCAACGUGGCCCAGGGCGUGCUCGACAUCAGCGAGAAGAUGUCGAGCGAGAAGCACAGCACGCGGCUCGAGUGGAUCAUCAUCAUCCUGAUUGCCAUCGAGGUCGGCUUUGAGCUGUGGCGGUUACACAAGGAGAAGUACAACAAAUUUGAGGAGGAGCUGCUCUCUGAGCUUCGCGGGCUCAGGGCAGAUAUGCAGAAAAGAGACGGGCCAGUGGCGGCCCCAAACUGAAAAGCGAGACCGUGUUAAGAACAAAAGGCUAUGAUACCCAACUCACAGUUAUGCUGUAUAAACCACCACCAUGCGGUGAUAGACAUUUAGAAUCCACGAACUAAAAUCUCUCCUCCAUUGCUUCUUUCCCUGCAUGGUCUGCCGGGUUUGGAGAGCUACAAUGCGAUGUGCUCUAAGGGUUCACCAAUUCAGAUGCCUCCCGGGGACAGCAAAGUACGGAGAAAACAAACACAUUUGUAUCGCAGUCGCGCAUCAUCUGCCACUAGCAAGAUAUUGCUACAUUUAUGUUUGUCCUUAACAUCCCAAUCAUAUCUUCAACCAC